AUGUCUAAGAUUAAAGCAAAUUUUGUGCCAACAAAGUUAAAUUUGCCUUUGUUUUUGAUUUCGAGAAAUAGAAUCAAAAGUGAACAAUUGGAUAAUGCGAAGGGCUUAAUAAGGAGAGGAGGCCUAGCUCAAGCAAAAAAUUGUAAGAACGAAAAUGAUAUUGAAAAAGAAACAGUGGUCCAGCGUAAAUUUCGCAAUAUGGUGGGCGAUUAUAAAGAGGAUAAAAAGAAAUGUAUAGAUAAGACGCACUUUAAUAGCAGUGCAGGUCAUUCGUUUAGAGAAGCGGCAGAUCAUUUACCACCAAAUCGCUACGAUGCUAGUGAGAAACCAUUUUCACGUAAAACCGGUUCGAAUGGCGCUUAUAUCAGCAAAAUUGGGCGAAAACCUCUUCAAGCGCCUACUGGCAUUAGCCCAAAGUGUAGCCCUAUGGUUUCUUUCAAGGAUAGAUUGUAUAAUUAUUCUAAUAAUUAUAAAGGACUUUUUCUCAAAAAUUCACCAAUUUCAAGCAGCCGCACUAUGGUAUCGAGUUUAGUUACAUGUCGAAAAUAUCCAAAUGAACCCGGCCCAAGUGACUACGUAGUGAUAAGAGAUAAAAAGAUAAUAUCUAAACCGAGAGUGAAAGCUAAUCCACAUUGUUUUCAUCGAAAUUCUGUUGUACCGAUCAUCCAAAAUGUGAUACAUAAGCGUCACACGUCAUUUGCCCCUGGACCGGGACGAUAUGAAGCACGCUACUGGAAAAUCUGCCCUUGUCCUUCUCACAAAAUAUACAAACCGAACUUGUAUCUGUUGGUAGAUCGUGAAGGGCGUCACAAAUUACGUUGGGAGCAGUAUCAUAAAAUAAAUAUUAAAAAAUAUUGUUGCCCCGAUUGGGCGCAUGUAAUUGGGAGCGGCUACGCAAGGUUAUUUAGAAGAAUAUUUAAGCGUUCGCAAGGUGAGCAAAUUACCAAAACGAGUACACGGCGAACACCUCAAAUUACUAAAUGGGCGAUUGCAUUACAUUCUAUUCCGGCUCGAGUGAAAACACAUCGGGAAUUACCGGAAAAACCGAAAAAGAUUAUGUAUAACACAACGACGGAGAUCAUAGUGCGGAGGCACUUGCGUUUAAAUAAAGUCGCUUUUGGUAGCGGCGUUCUUAAUCGUUUUUCUAUUGACAGGCGUUCGAGAAAAUCCACUGUAAGCGGCUUCGUCCCGAAAAGCCCCGUACACAAAACCAAAUUGCGCAAAAAGAUCAACUUUCCAAUCUUGGACAAACCGUUUUCUGCGAUCGGAUCGAAAUACAAAGAGGUGCCAACUCGUUACGCGGCAUCUUUUCGGGUAUUUUCGACAAAACAUGAAUUUAAGUUUCAACCUUUACCUGCACCUAAAUUGCUCUUGUCCGAUGAAGAGGCAACAUUUACACGGAAAUAUCCAAAUCUUUACAAUAACCCACUGGAUCCUCUAAAAUAUAUUGACAAUUCUGAUCAAGUGACAAAAACGAAAGCUGCCGAAAUACGCCACUUUGCUGCAGAAAUGCAAUUUUUCGGAACGGACAAGACAAUAACAGAAAAUGCUGAUGACACUAAUGAUACAGCAAAAGCAACACAGCGUAAUUACGCUAACAAUGACAAUGAUGAUGGCAAUGAUGAUGGCAAUGAUGAUGAUGAUGAUGAUGACGAUGAUCCUGCUAUUCAUAAUUGUCAUUAUGACGAUGACUACGGCGAUGAUGACGGUGGUCAUUUGAUGCUUUGUGUAUCUGUUUUACGAUAA